AUGAUGGACUAUGAAGCUCGCGCCCAGUACCAUGGCUUUUCUUCCCCCAUGGAUAGUCAUGGCCAUGUUUUCUCCCAGCCCACAGGAAGAUUAUCUUAUCCCCCCACUGGACAGCUCAUCGCCCCAGCUUCCAUGUACCCGGACUGGAACAUGCCUCUGCAAAUGCCGCAAGAGGUCUCUCGCCAUGAUACCAGGUCACUGAAUCCCCCGGAAAGCCCUGAAUACAUCGUGGAAAGAACUGGUCGGAGAGCCUCCGAUGCAAGCCACGGUGGUAGCACCCGCUAUGUCUCCCAGAGACAAUCCUCCAACCGAGACGAAUUUGAUGGCCCUCACCAAAUUUUGGAUCCAGUUGCUCCGAGUGAUAUUCCCGCCCGGGAAGCGGAGCUUCCUUCACUUCCCACUAAUCUUGAUGCUGCGGAGCAAGAUCGUAUUCUGCACGAAAUCAACGACCGCCUGUCCAAGUGUGCAUUUGAUUUCUUCGCCUAUUAUAAGUUCCCCAUCCCCAUUGAACAGGACAAAAGGCCAGUUCAGGUUCCCUCUGACCGUGAGUGGAAUGAAUGGGUUCACCUCAUGAAGAGAUUGGCAACUCGCCGACGCAUUCCCCGUCAUGCCCUUCACAAUGGCCAGAUCAAGCAACUCAUCACUGUUCUGGAAAAUUCCUUGGAAAUGCGCCACGCUGCCAAGCACAGCUCCAGACCUGUCAAGGACGACCGUAACGUGCUACAGUUGAUCUCGGCUGGCACUCAAGUUGCCAAGAUCCUAAAGGAUGCCAGUGCGAUGAAAUUCUUCGACCGUCUCUAUGUUGACACGGAGAAAUUGAUCAGUGACCGUCGCCGCCGGGUGAGAUUCUCCGAGAAUUGA